UAAGCAUUUUCGAAGAAAACACCUUUUUCGUUGCUCGUUUUUUUUUCGUGUGCUUUCUUGUAAUUUAAUAAUGUGUGUAGUGUGCGCGUGCUAGUGGUUUUUCCUGUUAUUGGAAAAUAGGAAGAUAUUAAAAAUAAAUUCGGGGGUGGUGCGAGCAGAGCGGGAAGCGGAGGAGAGGACUGAAAGUGGCCGGGUGGCCUGAUGUCCCGAUGUCCGAAUGUCCUGGCCAUGAAUCGAGCCACGAAUCAACAAAUUAGGGGUUGUCCUGGUCGCGCGCGAGUGUUUCUCGAUAUGUGUGUGUGUGUUUGUGCUACACAGGGACAAUUUGGGGGUACCUAAAUUGGAAUUUUAGAAUUUAUUAAACAUAAAUAUAAUAUCUACAUCCUAUUUUUUCUGUGUGCAUCGUGUGUGUGUGUUUUGUGGGCAAGUCCUGGCCGAAGGACUCGCCUGAUGGUGAAAACAUGACCUAAUUCCGCUCAGCAUCUUGGCCAGAUUAGCCAGGACCAGAACCAGGGCCAGAGCCGCGCUUAGAAACCACCCCCGGAACCUUAACCCUCGAGCGCCGAAAGUGUCACCCUUAACCCUUAGCCCCCAAGCACUUGCCUGGCUUCCUGCUUCCGCAUUCUAAUUAGCUUGCAAUCAUUUGACAAUUUGAUUGCCCAACGUCUUGAUGAGCCCUUCCUCCCCCUUCCCAUUGCAGCGCCUCCCGUUCCGCUUGCCACGCCCCCUGGCCCGUCCGCCCACAAAUCGACCAACCUGCCAAUCUGCCAGCGGAAUGGAGCAGCUGUGCUACCUGGCGCUGAGCGUCCUGCUGGCCAUCGUGGUGCUGUACGGACUCCUGGAGCUCCACUACUUCCUGCGCAUGUGCAUCUGUGUUGUGCUGGCGCGGUUUGUGAAGAGGCGCUGCCACAUCCUGGACGCCACCACGGUCAACGGACUCUGUCUCACCAACGAUGUGGAUACGUUGUUGUACCACAUGAACAACGCUCGAUACUUUCGUGAGCUGGACUUCGCCCGCGUGGACUUUUACGAGCGGACCAAUCUGUACCGCACCAUCACAGGAAUGGGCGGAUCCGUUUUUCAGGGGGCGGCCACCAUCCGCUACCGCCGCUUCAUCCGCCCCUUCCACCGGUUUAACAUUGUGUCACGGAUUAUUUACUGGGACGAGCAGUCGCUGUUCAUGGAGCACCGAUUCGUGCGUCCGUCGGACAAGUUUGUGCACUGCAUCGCCAUCUGCCGGCAGCGGGUGAUCGACGUCUCCAUGGAGGCGGUUAUGGCGGAACUCCUGCCCAGGACCUCCUCCAAUGGAUUCCGGGCGUCGGCGUCGCCUUCGCUGGCUGCGCCCUCGUCGGCGGCGGCGGCGUCGGCGGCGGCGUCUGGCGGUAUUAGCAAUCCGGCGAUGGACACUUCGCUGGCGGAGAAUGGACAUGGGACGAACGGAGGGGGGGCGACGGGUGCCGGUGCGGUUGCCGCUGGCGCUACCGCUACCGCUGCCGGUGCCACGCCCACGACGGCGGCGCACUGCCUCAAGCUGAAGCCCUCGCUGCCUCCGGAGCUGUCCAAGUGGAUCGAGUACAACGACAUGUCCAGCAAGAACCUGCGCAGCGGCUGCUGACUGGAGUCGUUGGAAUCGCCAAGGGCGGAAGUGCAUGUGCAACCGGAAACGGAAUACUCUAAUAUUAACCCAUUUUUUGUCUCGCGUGCUUGUGUGUGUGUGUGUGUGCGUGCUAAUGUGUGCUAAUGUUUAAUGUCUAAGUGUGUCCGUGGAAUGUGUAAAUUGUAAGCUAUGUAAGUGUCUGAAAAACAAAACAAAAAAAAAUCCCGCCCUCUUUUGGCCUUAACUAAUUGUAUAAUUACCUAGAGAUCAGCCACGCCCCCUGAACAAACAAAAACAAAGCCCCUUGGUAGUCCACAGUAUGUAAGUUACGAUGUACAAUGAUUGUUUAGUAAAAUGAACAACAAAAUCUUGAAAAGAUGCAACCAAA